AUGGAGGAAUCCUCCAGGUCCGGUGAUAUCGCCAUCAUCGGCCUGGCGUGUCGAUUUCCGGGAAACGGCACAAAUCCAGAAGCCCUCUGGGCGAUGCUCAAGAAAGGCGAAGACGCGUGGUCCGUGUUUCCUCACGAUCGUUUGAAUAUCGAGGGUUUCCAUCAUCCAAGUGGUAAUCGUCAAGGCUCGCUCCCGUUUAAGGGCGCGCAUUUCCUCAAGGGCAAUGUCGCAGGAUUCGACGCUGCAUUCUUCAACAUCUCGGCCGCAGAAGCCAAGGCACUCGAUCCGCAGCAGCGUGUGCUGCUCGAGACCACAUAUGAGGCAAUAGAGAGUGCUGGAAUUCCAAUCGAAUCCCUUGAUGGUAGCGACACCUCCGUUAAUAUUGGCUCAUUCGUGAAAGACUACGAGCAAAUUUGUAUGCGGGACGAUUCAAAUUCUCCGCAAUACGCUGCCACAGGAACUGGCGCGGCCAUUCUGGCCAACCGAAUUUCUCACUUCUUCAACCUUACUGGGCCCAGCCAGACUAUUGACACGGGUUGCAGUGGAAGCUUGGUUGCUGUUCACAAUGGAUGCCAAGAUCUUCGAUCGGGAAGAUCGUCAUUGGCAAUCGCCGGAGGCGUUGGAAUGAUUCUCACGCCAGCCACCAUGAUGCCGAUGACCCAGCUACAGUUCUUGAGUCCCAACGGACGUUGCUUCACCUUCAGUGAGAAGGCUGAUGGCUAUGGUCGUGGAGAGGGUGUGGGAGUUGUUAUUCUGAAGAGGCUCGAAGAUGCUGUCCGAGACAAUGACACUGUCCGUGCGGUGAUUCGUGGCUCCCGGACGAACCAAGACGGACGAACGCCCGGAAUUACUAUGCCCAGCACUCAAGCGCAGGUGUCCAAUAUCAAGAGUCUUUACUCUGAUUUCGGCCUUGAUACCGAUAAGACAGCCUACGUUGAAUGCCAUGGCACCGGCACGCAAGCCGGUGACCCUAAGGAAGUAUCUGCAAUUCACCAAUCAUUCUGUUUAGAUCACAGGCGAGAACACCCGAUUAUUGUGGGCUCCAUCAAGCCUAACAUCGGCCAUCUGGAGGGUGCAGCAGGCGUGGCUGGCUUGAUCAAGGCUGUUUUCAUAGUUGAACGCGGCCAGAUCCCCAAGAAUUUGCAUUUCGAAGCCCCUGGAAACCCUCUGAUCAAGUUCAAGGAGUGGAACGUUAAGGAUCGCCAUCAUGAUGUUGAAUUGAUGCCGAAUUAUGCCUACACGCUCAGCAGGAGAUCUUCACUGGAAUACAAGACCUUCAUCAUCGCCUCGUCCCGGUCAGAUUUGCUGAAGAAGAUGCAGCAUCACAGCACUCUGCAAGUGACCCGCUCGGGCGCGCCUAAAGUUGCCCUCGUCUUUUGUGGACAAGGCGCACAAUGGUCUGCCAUGGGCCGAGAGCUAAUGGCGUACGAGACAUUCUCAUACAGUGUCAUUGGUGCCUCAAAGUAUCUUAAGAAGAUAUUGCAGAGCGAUUUCAUCCUGCAUGACGAGUUGAUGAAAGACGAGAAAGUGUCCCGCAUCCACGAUCCAGACAUAGCCCAGCCAGCAACUACCGCAAUUCAGAUCGCGCUUGUGGACUUGCUCAGGAGCUCAGGCCUCAUUCCAACAGCCACUGUUGGCCAUUCAUCAGGCGAGAUUGCCGCAGCCUAUGCUGCCGGCUACCUGAAUCAUGAAGAUGCUUGGAAGAUUGCGUUCAAGCGCGGACAGCUCGCCUCAUCCCUGAAGCAUCAUCACCCGAAAAUGAAGGGUACUAUGUUGGCUGUUGGUCUCUCCGGGGAGGACGUCCAACCCUAUGUUGACAACGUAAAAGCCGGUACUGUUGUCGUUGCAUGCCAUAACAGUCCAGCUUCAGCCACGCUCUCUGGAGAAGAGGAGCAGAUUCUCGAACUUCACACGAAGCUCGUUGCCGAUAACAUCUUCGCUCGCCUUCUUAAAGUGAAGGUCGCGUAUCAUUCACAUCAUAUGAGAAUCUUGGAAGAGCACUACAGAGAGUCCAUCUCUGAUAUUGUUCCGAACCGGAGUGAGGAAGCCCCGCAGAUGUUCUCAUCUGUAACCGGGAAAGUUAUCUCAAGCGAAGAUUUGGGCCCGGAGUAUUGGGCUCUGAAUCUUGUCUCCCCAGUGCUCUUCAAGGAUGCUUUUACUCACUUGUAUACCACCUGUCGACCCGAUAUCAUCUUGGAGAUUGGCCCGUCCGCUGUUCUGCAACGACCAAUGAGGGAGAAUAUGGAGGCGAUCGCGCCGAAGAAGGCUUCUACUCCUUGUUUCUCGAUGCUUAAUCGAAAUCAAGAUGCCUCUAUUACGGCGCUUGAAGUCUUUGGGAAGCUGUGGGCACAAGGCUGUUCUGUCGACUUGUCUUGGAGCUUCAAGAGCCGUGAAGAUAUCCCGCCACGCCUUCUCAUCGACUUGCCGCCAUAUCCGUGGAAUCAUUCCAAGACUUACUGGCACGAAUCACACAUGGGAAAAGCCAUGCGAUUUCGAGGACAUGGCCGUGAAGAUUUAAUCGGUGCUCCAGCUUCGGAGUCCACACCCCAGGAGCCGCGCUGGCGAGGAUUUUUCCGUAUGUCAGAGAAUCCUUGGAUGAUUGACCACCAAGUACAGAAAACGGUCAUUUAUCCAGCUGCAGGUCUGGUGACCAUGGCUAUAGAAGCGGCCCGUCAGUCAGUCGACUCGUCCCUAAGCGUUAUUGGAUUUGAGAUCCUGGACCUCGUCAUCCAUAAGCCCAUCGUCAUCCCAUCAACAGAGCAUGGGCUGGAACAUGCGAUCAACGCCAAGAUGAUGAAGACUAUGACCGCUGGAAAUCAGGUGUCCUCAACUGAGUAUGCAUUCACCAUCUAUACCAAAGCCCUUGAUGGUCCUUGGCAGAAGAAUGCCGCUGGAUUCUACAAGAUCUUGUAUGGUCGAGAAGAAGAUGAUGUUGUGUCUCUUCUCGACGCGCCCUACUGGUAUAGACUAACGUACCAGGAAAUCGUAAGCCGAGUCAAGAAGGAGAUUAUUCCUCGCCAACUCUACGAGCGUCUCGAUACGAUUGGCAUGAACUAUGGUCCUCUUUUCCGGAACAUCAUUGCUCUUCGCAAGAAUCAGAAUGCUUGUACGAGUGUUGUUCGCAUCCCGGACACCAAAGCGAAGAUGCCAGCUAAGUUUGAGUACGACCACUUGAUUCAUCCAGCAUUCCUUGACUCGGUUUUUCAGACUGUCUUUGCUAUUGGAGAUGAAUCAAUGGUACCGUCAUAUAUGAAGCGCAUCUUUGUCUCGGCUGCAAUGCCUCGAGGUGCAGGCGAGGAGCUUGCUGGAUAUGCUACUGCUGAGCGGGUAGGUCUCCGUGAGGCUCGUGCUGAUAUUACGAUGUCCGACAGCAGAUGGAGAGCUCCGCUCAUUAUUGCUGAGGGAGUAAAGUUCACCAGCAUCACGACGUCAGGCUCCUCGGGGUUUCUGCCUUUCCAUCGGAACCUGUGCAGCCAGAUUGUCUGGGAACCAUAUGUCGCAACUGAGAUCCCAGAAGAAAAGGUCUGCCAGUCUCUUUGCAAGAAGGCUUAUUCGGUGCUUCUCAUCCUACCAGAUGGGUUUGACGACUUUUUCAACGAGCAAUGUCGCGAUUUGUGUUGUCUUAUUCAUCGCCUCCUUGAGCGAGCCGGCUUCACGGUAACCACGACAUUGUUUUCAAACCUGUUCGAGAGGGAUUUGAACACGCUCUGUAUAUCUCUUGUUGACUUAGACCUGCGCAACCCAGUCUUCUUCGGCCUCAAUUUGACAAAGUUUGAAAAACUUCAAAAACUCCUUACUUCGACAACAGGACUCCUCUGGAUUACGAUCGGGGGCCAGAUGGAUGUAGACAACCCGCUGUCUGCACCGUUUCAUGCCCUUGCAAGAACCAUUCGCUCAGAGGAUUCAUCCAAGGCAAUCUUUACUCUGGAUCUCCAGCAGUAUUGGACCAUCAUCAAGGGUGUCACCGAAGACCUGAUUGUUAACAUUCUCCACCAGAUGAGUGGUUGUUUCCUUGCGUCUGAUAGCCCAGAAGUGGAUUUUGCUGAGCGAGGCGGACGACUUUACGUACCAAGACUGGCAAUUUUAUCGGAUCUCAGCGAUGUUAUCGAAGAAGGACCUUCGAAGUUCAAGCGAUUGCAGACAUGUCCAAUUUCAGCAGCCAGGCGAGCCCUGAAUGUGGAAAUCAGCAAUCCUGGUGACAUUGACAGCAUUCGUUUCCAGGAAGAUGAUGAAGUCUCGCGUGAUCUCAAUCCUGAUGAAAUAUGUGUGGAGAUUAUUUCUACCCGAUUAUUUCCUGAUGAUCUAGACACUGUCCUUGGGAAAGGUCAUGCGACUUCCAUUGGUGCGGAUAUCUUUGGUAAAGUCGUCAAAGUCGGCAACAAUGUUGUUAAUCACGGUCUGGUCCCCUGUGAAAUUGGCCAUCUUAUCACGGCAUUGGCACAUGACACAUUGAGAACCCGCACCAUCAUCAAGGCUGAGCAUGUCAUCGAGAUCCUUCCUACGCAUGAAGACAAAAUGCCUAGAUACAGCCCUUCGUGCUUGGUAUCCGCUUAUUACGGAAUGGUCGUCAUAGGCCAGCUAGCUGAUGAUGAUAUUGUGUUCAUCCAUGCCGCCGCAAGCGCUCUGGGCCAGACUGCGAUGAGCCUUGCUCGGAGCUGGAAGGCUCGUGUGAUUGCGGGUGUCACAACAGAUAAGCAGCGGGAUUACUUGAUACGCUGUGGCGGUAUUGGUGAGGAUGAUAUCGUUAAUACAUCCAGAGAUCGUGUCAAGUCAAGUGUCCGUCGGCUCACAGGUGGUCGAGGAGUCCACAUAGUGUUCGGAUCGACACCAGAGACUCAGAAUUUGGACCAUCAAUGUGUCAAUGACUGCGGAUACAUCAUCCAGACGUCGACCAGGGAUGACAACGUUAGACCUCAGACGAGUGGAGGGUUUCAAAGCACAGCAUCCAUUGUCAACAUUGAUCUUCGAAAGCUUAUCCAGCAACGUCCUAAACUAAUACAAAGGCUAAUACACGAAGUCAAGAUGGUGCUUAAAGAAAAGCUCGAUACAUCGUCAAUCUCAAUCAGCCAGUCCUGCGAUGUCUCUAAUCUGACCAAGACCUUCCACAAGAUGCAAGAAGAUCCAUAUAUGGGUGCUUUCACCAUCUCAAUCUCCCCAGCUUCGAUCGUCCAGACGGCUUUCAAUCCCAUGACAGAGAUUCAUCUGGAUCCUGGGGCAUCCUAUGUCAUCGUUGGGGGGUUUGGCGGCCUAGGACGCACUGUCGCCAAGCUUCUUGUCUCAAUGGGUGCGCGCCACCUCGCCUUCUUCUCUCGAUCCGGUGGAACAGAUGAAUCGAGUCGUAGUUUCUUGUCAAAACUGCACCGCCAGGGUAUCCGUGCCAAGGCAUACGCAGUCGACAUAAGCGAUAGAUCACAGCUUGUCUCUACCAUUGAGCGCAUGAAAGAGGAGGAAAUGCCAAGGAUCAAGGGGGUUAUUCAGGCUGCUGCUGUCCUCAGGGACUCUAUCUUCGAAAAUAUGUCCUAUGACGACUGGAUGACAGCUACUUUGCCCAAGAUUAAAGGUUCAUGGAACCUCCAUUUGGUGCUCCCCGACACAAUGGAUUUCAUGAUAUUUCUCUCGAGCGCCGCCGGCGUUAUUGGUAACCGUGGACAGGCGAACUACGCGGCUGGAAACAAUUUCCAGGAUGCGCUGGCACGUCACAGAAAGGCUCGUGGACUUCAUACAGUAUCUCUGGAUCUGGGUCCCAUUCUUGGCGCAGGCAUGGUUGCGGAAGACGAGGCAACUUUGGACAUUCUGAAAUCCAGCGGCUUCUUCGGAAUUCGGAUAGAAGACUUCAGAUUUCUAGUCGAACGUGCCAUUGCUGGAUCAGUGAUGCGAGACCGUCCACUCCCUGCUCAAAUUGUCACUGGUGUCGGUACAGGUGGUCUGAUAAUGCAGAACAGGCCUUCAGAUCCGUACUGGACUCGGACGGCAUUGUUCAAGCGAUUGAACCAGGUCGACCUACCCCCUGAGGUACCAACAGAAGAUGGCUCCAAGCAGUCUGUCGAGUCGAUCAAGGUUGCAUUGCGCGCCACAACCGGACUUGAUGAAGCAAGCCGCAUUGUAUGCACAGCUCUAAUCAACUUUCUUGCACCAUCUCUCAACAUGGAGCCAUCAGAAAUUGAUGACUCCAAGUCUCUAAGCAUCUACGGCGUAGAUUCUCUGGUCGCAACUAAUAUCAGAAACUGGGUGUUCCGGAACGUGGCUGUGAAGCUGACCGACAUGGAAGUCAUGGGCGCCAGCUCCAUCCUGGAGCUGGCCAAGACCAUCGCGACCAAGGGUGGUUACAUCGAGGAGGCGGAGGAGUGA